CACCGCCAGCCCGCCGCUGCCUCCUUCUCCUUCAUUAUUUUCGCCUCAGCUUCUCGCAGUUUAAAAUGGCGGCGUUGAGCAGCGCCGAGUCUCCACCGCCCGUCUUCAACGGAGACGCCACGGAGCGGGAGAGCGGCCUGGAGGAGCUGGGCCCGGGUUUGGACUCUUCGUGCUCGUCGGCGGUUCACGGAGGUCCGCAGGAAGAGGAGAUCUGGAACAUCAAGCAAAUGAUAAAGCUGACGCAGGAACACUUGGAAGCUCUGCUAGAGAAAUUUGGAGGAGAACACAACCCCCCCUCCAUAUACCUUGAGGCCUAUGAAGAGUACACCAGCAAACUGGAUGCCCUCCAGCAGAGGGAGCAGCAGCUGCUGGAGGCCAUGGGGAAUGGCACCGACCUCUCCUGCACCACCUCUUCCAUGCCCGGCUUGUUGGAGGUCAAGAUCGGAGGCGAAGGAGUCUGUGGGGGAGCUCAUGGCUUUCCCUUAGCUCCCAACACAUUAGCAGUCCUGCAGACCCCCACUGACUCUGGACGGGCUUAUCCACGCUCCCCCCAAAAGCCCAUUGUCCGCGUGUUCCUGCCCAACAAACAGAGGACAGUGGUUCCAGCCCGCUGUGGGAUGACUGUGAGGGACUCGCUGAAGAAAGCGCUGAUGAUGCGGGGACUCAUCCCAGAGUGCUGUGCGGUCUAUAGGAUACAGGACGGAGAGAAGAAACCCAUUGGCUGGGACACGGACAUCUCAUGGCUGACGGGGGAGGAGCUCCAUGUGGAAGUGUUGGAGAAUGUGCCGCUCACCACUCACAAUUUUGUGAGGAAGACCUUCUUCACAUUGGCCUUCUGUGAUUUCUGCAGAAAGCUGCUGUUCCAGGGUUUUCGCUGUCAGACCUGCGGCUACAAAUUCCACCAGCGCUGCAGCACAGAGGUUCCUCUCAUGUGUGUCAACUAUGACCAGCUAGAUCUGCUGCUGGUGUCAAAGUUCUUCGAGCAUCACCCGAUCAGCCAGGAAGAGGUUUCCUCAGAGGGAACCACCCCUGUAUCUGAGCUCUGUCCAUCGCUACCCCCUUCAGAAUCCACUGGAUCUAUAUACCACACUACAGUGUCGCCGUCAAAGUCUAUCCCCAUCCCAACUAGUUUUCGGACGAGUGAGGAGGACCAUCGCAACCAGUUUGGCCAGAGAGAUCGUUCUUCCUCCGCCCCCAAUGUCCAUAUCAACACCAUUGAGCCUGUCAACAUCGAUGACCUUAUUCGGGAUCAGGGCUUGCAGAGGUCAGAGGGAGGCUCGACCACUGGGCUGUCUGCCACACCUCCAGCAUCUCUUCCCGGCUCUCUGACCAACGUUAAAGCCCCACAGAAGUCACCGUGCCAACAAAGGGAGCGGAAAUCUUCCUCGUCAUCUGAGGAUCGUAAUAAAAUGAAAACUUUGGGAAGGAGGGACUCCAGUGACGAUUGGGAAAUUCCCGAGGGUCAGAUCACCCUGGGUCAGAGGAUAGGCUCCGGGUCCUUUGGAACGGUCUUUAAAGGAAAGUGGCAUGGUGAUGUGGCUGUGAAGAUGCUGAACGUCACCGCUCCCACUCCACAGCAGCUUCAGGCCUUUAAAAACGAAGUGGGAGUCCUCAGGAAAACGCGUCACGUCAACAUCCUGCUGUUCAUGGGCUACACCACCAAGCCCCAGCUGGCCAUUGUGACCCAGUGGUGCGAAGGCUCCAGCCUCUACCACCACCUGCACAUCAUCGAGACCAAGUUUGAGAUGAUCAAGCUGAUCGACAUCGCCCGGCAGACGGCUCAGGGCAUGGAUUACCUGCACGCCAAGUCCAUCAUUCACAGAGACCUGAAGAGCAACAAUAUUUUCCUCCAUGAGGAUCUGACUGUAAAGAUUGGUGACUUUGGUCUAGCCACAGUCAAGUCUCGCUGGAGUGGCUCCCACCAGUUUGAGCAGCUCUCUGGUUCCAUACUUUGGAUGGCUCCAGAGGUCAUCAGGUUGCAGGACAAGAAUCCCUACAGCUUCCAGUCGGAUGUGUACGCCUUUGGCAUUGUGCUCUAUGAGCUCAUGUCAGGAGCUCUCCCUUAUUCCAACAUCAACAACAGAGACCAGAUCAUCUUCAUGGUGGGUCGAGGUUAUCUCUCCCCAGACCUCAGCAAAGUUCGCAGCAACUGCCCCAAGGCCAUGAAGAGACUGAUGGCAGAUUGCCUGAAGAAGAAGAGAGAGGAGCGACCUCUCUUCCCUCAGAUUCUGGCCUCUAUUGAGCUGCUGGCUCGUUCAUUACCCAAAAUCCACCGCAGCGCCUCGGAGCCUUCCCUAAACCGAGCCGGCUUUCAGACGGAAGACUUCAGUCUGUACUCCUGUGCUUCACCUAAAACCCCCAUUCAAGCUGGAGGAUACGGGGAGUUUUCUGCUUUUAAAUAAUAACAGCCAGCACAGCAGUCCAUCUCUCAUCACCCCUCCGUUUUCUUUUGGACCCUGGGAUGGAUUCAUCGAUUCCUGAGAAAUAAAAGAAAGAAAAAAAAAAGGGCGUCUCACAGUGCCGGGCCGCCCCGAAGGAGAUGCCUUCACUUUAGUCCCCGUCACAACGGAGAGGAAGGAAAAACACAGGAUGAAGGAAAAAAAAGCAAAGAUAUGUGAAGCAAAGUGCGUUUGGAGGAAACCUGUGAAUAUUUGAGGCGAAGCUAACGGCUCUGGCUGCUGAACUGCAUUUUGAUGAACAGCAGAUCCUCGCCAGGCGAAGGAUGCCUAACGUUUCCACUCCUUACCCUUUCAUCAUUUCACUAGUUGUUUCCUAAAACGCAGACCGUCUGAAGAGCCGUCUGAGAGGAAAAGGUUUCCUCCGAGUUGUGCUGCAGGCUGCAUCCUGUUUCUUUCAGAUUUUGUGAUCUUAGUUCUUAAAAGAAAACAAAUCCUCACAUGCUCUCACCUUUGGACCUGAAAAGCUAACCUGGUGAUAAAGAACAGUUGAUUAUGUCUACAGGAUUUUUAAUUUCACAGUUUUAGGCUCCUAGAAAGGUGGGUUUUUUCAAGCAUUCAAUGCUCUGCCCUGUUUCUCAGCAACUUGUUGCUUUUUUGUUUGUUCUUUUAUUUAUAGCCUUUGGGAUAUUCUCUCCACAUUUCCCUCAAACAAUCUGGAGUCCACCAGCGACGCAAACAUUUAACCUUUUAAAAAACGACUUUUUAAACUUUAAGAACCAACAAAACGCCACAUUUCUAAACCAGCUUUGAGCUUCUUAGCUGCUAAUCUUCCACUGGUUGAUGAUCCGUUGCUGUAUUGGCUGUAGAUCCACCAACUGACUCCAGAUUGAUGAAAAACUGGAAUGCAGGUCUUUAAGUCUUCACGGUUUGCUUUUCCCCAGAGCAGGGUGGGCUUGGAGUGGACGGGUGAAGGUUUGGAAGCGAAGGCCGUGUACAGCUGUCGUGUCUUUGGGCUUCCAGGUCGUUCCUAAACCUUUUUUUUGUUCUUUCCUUUCUGCUCUGGGUUCAAAUGUUGGCCCAACAUGUUGAGAAGUUCUGUUAAUUCUGAAGAAACUUUGAGUCUCUUCUUUUUUUUCCAACUAAUGCUACAUCUUUCAUUCAUUGUGUGAAAAUUUGAAGGUGUUUAUUUAUGAAGGGGUUCCUUGAAGUUGGUAUCACAUUUGUUUGCCUUCUACUGUACAGGCAGGCCUGCAGAUUCUGACAUAUUUAUAAGAUUUUUCUUUUUUUCUUUUAUUGAGGUCCAAAUAUUUUGGUUUAGAAUAGCAGUCUUUGUUUUGAUGCUUGUUUUAGUCUUUGUGACCUUUGCUUGUUGUUUCUAGAGAAUCUGCCUUCCCCUUUUUCCAGGAACAAUGACUCUAUUUAAGUGCCACUUAGAGAGUGGUCCCCAGGAGCUGGACUGUGAAGAUGAUGUUGAACAGGCUCACAGAUGCCGUUUAACAAGUGGAGUCCAACACAGCACAAAAAGCUUUCAGCCUUCAUGUCGGCCUGUUAUUUGCACUUUGUUUUUCCUUAUUUUGCUUUUCAUCCUGUUUUCCUGUCAAAUCUUUUCUCCCGUGAAGUGAAUAUGGUCGCUAAAUAAAGCCGCCAUACGACUGUGAAACAUCUGUAAGAUUAUUGCUGUGUCCUAACAGCUGCUCAGUGCCGUUAUGUUCAGCUUCAAAUGACCAAACAGAAUCCGAACUCCAGAUCUAAAGCUGGCAGCUCAAGGAAAAAGGCUAAAAGCAUCAGGUUCAGCUUGGUGAAGCAUUAUGUCUUUAAUGUGAAGGAAAAUAUGGCGGAGUGUUCUCUACUGAGGCUUUGUCUAAUACAGGGGUCGGCAACCCUGGAGCCGCAAAAAAAAAAGUUUUCUAUAAGCCUUGUAUGGCGACACAGGCUUUAAAGCCUGGUUUAUGCUCAGAAACCAGGUCGUCUGUCACCCCCCACCCCCUUCCCCAGACAACUGUAGGGGACCGCAGUGCAGAGCGGAUGGAGAACUGACCAAUCAGAGGCCUCCUGUCUGCUGCAAUAUGUUUAUUUCCUGUUUGGUGCCUGGUACACCUCAGACGCUAUCCCAGAUACCGUGCAGAACGCUAGUGUGUAGCUCUUUGUGACGGUGUGUUGGUUUGCGCCCGCAACACGCAGCGCCACGGCCAGUCUUUGGGGAACACUCACGGGUGAGCUGUGCGUCGUCCGCCGUUGGAUGAGGGGCUGUAGACGGCGAACACGCUCGUCAAACCGACACACGGACGCCCACAAUCCCAGCUAGUUCGUUGUGUUGUGGCGUGGAAAAACAUAGCGCAGACCACGCUUUAAAAUUGGGCAUAAAUUAAAAAUAUGUGCGUCAUACCUGCGACACGCUAUCUGCGACGCACUGCUGCGGGAGGAUAACCAGCCCUUUAGCUUAUUAGCCAACUAUUAAAAGGACUACGUGGGUUUAAAGAUAUAACAAACAUUGAUGACUAAAUGUUUAUCCUGGAGCAGAUGUUACAUCCUGCAAAUCUGCUGAUGUUUGCUGCUUUAAGUUUAAACUCCAUUACAAUAUUAAUUUAUUUGGAUUGUUUGCAUUAAUGAAAUCAUAGAAAGUUAUAUUCAUUUUUAUUUAGAGGAUUUUGGGGGAAAAAAUGGCAGAAAGUUCCCAUCCCUGCAUCAGAGGGCUACCUGUUGGUUCUAUGGACGGUUUUCCAUCUUAGCAACCAAACUAGCAGCAGUAGUGGAGUAUAGAGAUGCAAUCCACUUGUUAAAUCUAUCUUUGCUCUCCUCUAAUUUAUCCAGAAGUUCUGGAAUCACACUUUUUCUCUCCCUCCCAGCUUGAUGGUGGGCUGCAGAUGUAGUCUUCCCUGGAAAUGUCUUUCCUAAUGACUCUUUUAUUAUUUGAUAACAUUCAAAGCAAACAUGCAGGCAAUCCUUCCUCAUUGGUAAUGAAAGCAAAUGAUUCGCUGCCUUCUGCUCUGAAUCCUCUGUUCUCAUCAGCCAUCUUCCUUUUUUCCCCUUUGGGAUCCGUGGUCUGAGACACACCCACUGCUUUGUCUACAUCAGCCACCUGCCUGGCGCUGCGCCGCGCUGAAACCUGCUGCAGGAUAUGAUGCUAAUCUUUUUGACAGAGAUGUUUACCUUUAUUGUUUAAAUUUAGUUAUUAUACAAAUAUUUAAAGACUUGAAAAACAUGCUGAAUUUUAGUUUGACCUCCUUCAC